AUGGCUUCUUUCAAUACCACAAAAGUUUACUUGAACACUCGAAAGCGUCGCACGAUGAAUAAUAAGGAUCAAAUGAUGUCCAUUUAUCGUGUUCCUGUGCCACUGGUGAAUGAAAAGUUUUACUUUAAUCAAGAAGCAGUUCAGGUCAUUGUCUACCAAAAAAUCGCUCUAGGAUCACGCACCACCCUCAACGUUCAAGAAGCAGACAUGGCCUCCGUUCACUUGACCAACAAACGUCUUAUCUUUCUAGCACAAUCCACAAGCAUAGCACCGCCUCGGGAUCAGCAUCGAUUUGACACCUGUGAAUUUCGUCUAUCUGAAUUUCGUUCGUUAAAGACAACACUCGUCCGAAAGAAACGGCUACGGUUCGACAUCAAGACUCUGCACCACGGCGACGACAUCAGAGUGGACAUCAAGUUUAUCAACAAAGAAGAUGCAGUCAAAAGGAGAGACGCUUUGAGGGAUUAUCUGAAAAUGGCGACGAACGCUAUCGCCUCCAGCCUCACACCCAACGAAUCUUUACGGUUAUCAACAGAAGAUAGUGGAUUACCUUCCUACUUUGAGGCCAUCCAUAGUAGUACGCAUACCCACGCACCUUCACCAGCACUCUCUCCACCUGCUUAUCAUUAA